GAGGCUGUUGGCGCUGCCCUCUCGCUCCAUGCUGCGGUCACGUCCCGGCCGCUGCCGGCCCCGCUCCGUCCCUCCCUGCCGCAGCACGUUGUGUGUCCUGGAGAUGCAGAAACCAUGUAGCAGAAAGCUCUGAGCAGUUGUGGAUUAUCAGUUCCUCCCUCAGCAGUAAAAACUGAAGAAUGAAGGUGCCUGGAUUUAUUUCCCUAUGGACGUUGACAUCACUGCUUUGUAGCCAGUUAGGAAAUACUGCAGAGCACGAAGAUGUAGUAAAGCACGCAAUCAAGCUGCACCGUGGGAAAGGAGCUGUUAUUACUCAGCGAAAGCAGUGGGUGAUGGAGAGCUGCAGAAAACUAUCUGGUCUCCUUCGCCAGAAGAAUGUUGUGCUCAACAAAUUAAAGAACGCUAUAAGAGCGGUUGAGAAAGAUGCUGGGCUGUCAGAUGAAGAGAAACUUUUUCAGGUGCAUACCUUUGAAAUUUUCCAAAAGGAACUCAACGAAAGUGAAAACUCAGUCUUUCAGGCAAUCCACGGCCUUCAGAGAGCUCUACAGGGCGAUUACAAAGACGUUGUAAAUAUGAAAGAGAGCAGUAGGCAGAGACUAGAAGCCUUGAGAGAAGCUGCAAUUAAGGAAGAAAUGGAAUACGUUGAACUCUUAGCAGCAGAAAAGCAUCAGGUUGAAGCCCUUAAGAACAUGCAGCAUCAAAACAAAAGCCUGUCAAUGCUCGAUGAAAUUCUUGAAGAUGUCAGGAAGGCAGCUGACAGACUAGAGGAAGAAAUUGAAGAACACGCCUUCGAUGACAACAAAUCUGUAAGAGGUGUUAACUUUGAAGCUGUUUUAAGAGUGGAAGAAGAUGAAGCCAACUCCAAAAGAAAUGCUUCAAAAAGAGAAGUAGAGGAUGACUUAGGUCUUAGUAUGCUCAUUGAUUCCCAGAACAAUCAGUAUAUCCUUACCAAGCCCAGGGAUUCAACCAUUCCUCGUGCUGAUCAUCACUUCAUAAAGGAUAUUGUGACAAUAGGAAUGUUGUCUUUGCCAUGUGGCUGGCUAUGCACAAUGAUAGGAUUGCCAACUAUGUUUGGGUACAUCAUCUGUGGCGUACUGUUAGGACCAUCUGGAUUAAAUAGCAUUAAGUCUAUUGUGCAGGUGGAGACAUUAGGAGAAUUUGGUGUAUUCUUCACUCUCUUUCUAGUUGGUCUGGAAUUUUCUCCUGAAAGACUAAGAAAGGUGUGGAAAAUAUCUUUGCAAGGACCCUGCUACAUGACGGUUCUGAUGAUUGCCUUUGGUUUAUUGUGGGGACACUUGCUCCAAAUCAGACCAACACAAAGUGUCUUCAUUUCCACUUGCUUGUCUUUAUCAAGCACACCGUUGGUGUCAAGAUUUCUUGCAGGUACUGUUCGAGGAGAUAAAGAAGGGGAUAUUGACUACAGCAGUGUACUACUUGGCAUGUUGGUGAUGCAGGAUGUGCAGCUCGGCUUAUUUAUAGCUGUUAUGCCUACACUUAUUCAAGCAGGGGUGAGCACACAUUCCAGGUACCGAAUUUCAGACAUCUGUGGAAUGAGAUCUUUUCAGUCAAGGAAAACUGGUUUAGAGGCAAGAGAGCAGUUGAAAGAAAUGUUCUGUUUGUUCUUCUCUUCCAGCAUUUUCAAGGAAAUACUGAGAAUACUGAUACUGAUUGGCCAAAUUCUCUUUUCUCUGGCUGCUGUUUUUCUUAUAUGUCUUGUUAUAAAGACUUAUCUCAUAGGACCGUAUUAUCGCAAGUUGCAUGCGGAAAGCAAAGGGAAUAAGGAAAUCCUCAUUCUAGGAAUAUCUGCAUUCAUCUUCCUAAUGUUAACGAUCACAGAGCUGCUGGAUGUUUCAAUGGAGCUGGGAUGCUUCUUAGCUGGAGCUCUGAUCUCUUCUCAGGGUCACAUGGUUACUGAGGAGAUUAUGACCUGUAUUGAACCAAUACGUGACUUUCUUGCCAUCAUUUUCUUUGCAUCCAUAGGACUUCAUGUUUUCCCCACGUUUGUAAUAUACGAACUCACAGUGUUACUCUUCCUUACGUUGUCUGUGGUCAUAAUGAAGUUUGUCUUGGCAGUGCUGGUCCUUUCUCUGAUUCUUCCAAAGACCAGCCAGUAUAUCAAAUGGAUUGUCUCAGCAGGACUGGCACAAGUCAGUGAAUUCUCUUUUGUUCUGGGAAGCAGAGCACGCAGAGCAGGGAUCAUAUCUCGGGAGGUCUAUCUUCUUAUUCUGAGUGUGACUACUCUAAGCCUUUUACUUGCCCCUGCCCUGUGGAGAGCUGCAAUUAUGAAAUGUGUUCCAAGGCCUGAAAGACGCUCAAGUACUUGAUAAGACUUGCACAUGAACAAGAACACAUCUUCUUGCAAAGAUAUCUUCAUUGCUCAUUGUAUUUCUAUGCACUUGGAAAAGGAGAGGUUUUCAGUAGUCCUCUUAACAUGCACUUGGUAAUAAGCCUUACACUGACCUUAAAACAAAAUUCAACACUAAAGAAUUGUUUGAUUUUAAUUGCACGCCUCUUACAAAACUGGCUUUCUCUGACAGAUUAGGAUCUGCCAGACUAUUUUUUUUAUCUGAUCAAUUAUGCAGUCUAAAUUGUUUUUUUAACUGUAGCAUCAUGCAAAUUUGGUUGAUUAUUUUUUUUUUUUGCCUGAAUGUGCCUUUUAAUUCUCAUCCUCCUUUCAUUACUGUUAGUUCACCACCAGAUUUUGUUUAAAAAAAAAAAGAAAAAAAGUGUACUAUGGUGCCUAUGGUAUCUCCUUCCAUUAUAUGACUUGAGUCAUUUUCGCAUUUAGGAAUGAGUUCAUUAGAGCAGUGUAAAUUCAAUCACAAAACAAAUCUGUAAUGGUGAGUAAAAGUCUUAGUCCUUUCUACAAAGUUUAACUGUUAGUAUCAAACUGUUUGAAGCAGUCAAAUACCUAUUCCAAACGAUGCAGCCAACAUUGUGUGCUACUUUGUUCCAAAUUACAGCAUAUAAUGUGUUUUCUUUCAGUGGUAACUUCUGUUUGUGUUAGUUCUUGCAUUUAUUUACAUACUUGAUUAUAAGUUGAUGGUGAAAAAGGGCAUAACUUAAGUUAUAUUUGAAGACUGACAGUUGUCAUGCAUUCCUGUUCCUAGCUACUGUUACAGUAAUUGUUUACAGUUUUGUUUGUUUGUUUUAAAUCCAAAAUAAACUUAGUAGAUAUGGAUAGUCUAAUUUCAAGCAGAUGUUUAAAAAAAAAAAUCACUGCAGAGGUUGGAUGUUAUUUAUAAUAUUCUGCAUUUGAAAUUAUUUUGAGUAAAUUAAUUUGCACAAAACUAGAAAGGGCAGCUUGAAUAUGUAUUUGGAACUCCACAACUUUAUACUUUGCAUUUAUAUUGAAUAAAUUGUUAGUCUUUUAAAAUAUCAUGAUAUUUAAAGAAAGAUUGAAUGUGAUCUUAGAUGUAAGUGCUUUGUUCUUUAAAACAUUAUAGAUAAACAGGAUGCAUCUUGUAAAAGCCUAUUCCAGAAGAAUCAUAGAGAAGAUUUAAUUCAUAGACUGUAGUCUACUCUGACAAUUUAAAAAUCAUCCUGAGGUUUAUCUGUUUAAAACAAUGCUAUUAAAAUAUAUUAACACUUCAGGUCAGUAUUAUACUGUCAUUUGAAACAACUUUGAUACCCACCAAACAGCUAGAAAAAUGUAUGUUAUGUAGGUUUAAAUCGCAAAUUAAAAUGGAAGGCUGCCUUCCUUCUGUUUUAUCAGCUGCACUGCUCAGCUUGGUGUCAUUCGGAAACAUAGAGAGCAUGCACUCAAUCUCACUGUAUGUCACUGAUAAAAAGGUUGAAAAGCACCAUUUCCACAAUGGACCCCUGCAGACAGCACUCAUCACUGGCCUCCAACUGGACACAGAGCCAUUUACAACAACCUUGUGGCUACAACUAUCCAACCAAUUCAUUAUUGACUGAAUAGUCCACCAUUCAAAUCCAUACUUCUCUAGUUUAGAGAUAAGGAUGUGAUGUGAGACCGCAUCAAAGGCCUUGCACAAGACUAGGUAGACGACUUCAGCUGCCCGUCCUUUGUCCACUGAUGUUGUCCCUCCUCCACAGAAGGCCACCAGACUGAUGGGGUACGAUCUGCUCUCAGUGAAGCCGCACUGACUCUCAAAUUGCCUCCUCAUUUCCUUAACCUCUCUUCCAGGAGGAUCUGCUCCAUGAUCUUCCCAGGCACAGAGAUGAGGCUCACCAGCCUGUAGUUCCCCAGUUCUUCCUUUCUCCCUUUCAUAAAUAUGAGAGUGAUGUUUUUCUUUAUCCGCUCAUUGGGAAUUUGCCUGACAGCCAUGGCUCCUCAAAUAUGAUGGAGUGGCUUGGUGACCGCAUCAACCUGUUGUUUCAGGACCCUGGGAUGCAUGCUAUUCAGGCCCUGCAGACUUGCAUAUAUUCAGUCUCAUGAGGUGGUCUGAGACUUGGUCUUCUAAAAGAGAUUCUUCUAAAGUUUUACAGUAUAGUUUAACAUCUACCAAAUUAAACUUUUAAACUUUAUUUCUUAACUAGGAAAAGAAAGCUUAGUCUGUCUACUGUUCUAGUCUAUAGUUUUUUCUUGAAAUACAAACUUCUCAAUGCCUUGGUUUGGAAAGAUGCUCUUGCAUACUCUAUGGAAAAGAAAGGGAGGAAGGGAGAGAAGAAGGAAGGCCAUGAUAGACCAUGGGAGAGGCCUCUAUCUGGGUUCCAGCAUUUCUUUCAGCCGGUGGGACCUUGAAACUAUUAUACAAAGUAUUACAUCUGUGGUAAGUAAACCUUUUGUAUAAAUAAACUGCUAUGAUUAGUUGUAUUUCUCUGGAAAAUUCCUGAUAGGAGAGUAGGGAUAUUGAUGGCUUACAUCUCUUAAGAGAAAAAAUGUUUAUUUUUUUCAUGAUUACCUUUUAAAAGAUUUGAGUGAAAAGUCCUUUUGGUACCAUUGUCCAAACAGCAGGUAUGACCUGCUGGACACCAGGUGACCUUAGGACACCAGGUGACCUAAGGGCUGUCUCAUCCCUUUUAUUUCUUUCCUAAAUAAGUUCUGAUUUGGUCAUGAUUGAGGAAAGAAGUAGUAAUAUCCGUAUUCUGUGUCUCUGUGUUGAUGCAGCCUGGGAUUACCUGAUUGGAUACCAGAUGCAAAUACAAAUUACCAAUUAGACACAUAAGUUUGUUUACAAUUACAUGGUUGAGACUCUCCCACAGAAAGCUGGAGGUAUAUUUAGAUAUUGUCAGUAUUUCCUACAAUGCAAGGAAUGGCUUCAUCCACAAUUCCAUGUCAAAACUGGGUGGUCUCAUGAUAAAAUCUUAGGAUAGAAACAAUAGGUCUUAUUCUUGAAUGAUCUGUUAGGGGAGAAAAUAUUUCACAGUUGGAUCACUUAGAAAUUAAUAACCACAGCUCUUCAGGAAUAAUUUACAAGCUGGUGGUGUGGCCUAUGGUUAUACUUUGUGAUUCAUUUCCCUGUUCCCAGGGCCAGAUUGGUAUAUCUUGCCCCACAACCACUCUUACGUACAGCUCAUCCCAUAUGAAGUCUGUGCUUCAGUUUCUCAUUUGGAAGUUAUCUAUGGGACCUGCAAGGUAACUACUUGCAGCCCUAGCAUAGAAAGCUCAAGGAAUGCUGCUGUGGGAACCUAAACAGAACUUCCUGAGAGCUUUAAGAGUUCCUAUUUCCAUCUUCAAAGAUGAGGAGAAAGCAGCCUCACAGUACUUCUUAUCUGGUUUUACAGUUGGAUAUCCUUUGCUUUGUGGGCAGAGGGGCACAUGGGAGUGCCUCGCAUGAGAGAACAGUGCUAUAGGAUGGUGCCUGAUGGAGAAUGUGAGAAACCUUGUGUGGUCUCGCUGCCUGCUGGAAUGAACCCAAAACAGUUAACCACAAAAGCACUCCUGGGUUUUGUCUAGGGAAGGAAUGUAUUUCUGCUCUGUAAGCAAUCCUGGCAGUGCUCCAGCACAUGGGCAACAUGGAGUGUGGAGGAAACUGGACCUCUAAAUGACAAGGGUAAGCUGUACUAGCAGUGUUAGUAGCUUGGCUGGAUAUGGCAAUAGCUUAUUAACAGCAGCAAGUACCAGUCAAACUACCAUAAGCUGAUCUGACAGUGAAGGGAGGCAGUGAUGCCAGUGAAGAGAGAAGGAAAUGCAGCAAGAUGCUCUAAGAGCUGGGAACUGUGUGGCCCACCCUGCCCUGAAGGAAACAGGCGGAAGAUAAAGAUACGGGUCUACCAGCUUCAUGGAGCAGGAAGCUUGUUUCUUUGGAUCUCUCACAGACUUCAUUGAGUAAUUACCACUGCCAGUGGGGAGAGGCUUCUUGACAGUAGGGACAGCGAGACAGCGAGGAACACCAAGAGAGACUAAGGAAUCCCAAUUUCUGCAAAUAAAAGACAAACUGGACAAUCACAUGACCAGAGGGCCUAGGGACAGCUGAUCCUGCCUUGGGGAAUAAAACCUAGAUCAGAUCAAUGGCAAAACUCUUAAGGUUACAGAGCCAAGCUGUAUUUUUAUUUCCUAAAAUAGAGCAGAAAUUUGAGAAUUGGGAGAUAGUACCUCCCAAGGAGGCCAAAUGCUGACAAGCUUAUCAGCUGGUACGAGGUCUGUAUUUAAGGAGCUCUCACAGGUCCCUCUCUUAAGACGGCUCACCUUCAAUUUCCAAAAAUCAAAAUGUGUCCCUGUACACAUUCUCUGGCACAUUGCAGGUUUCUGAUUGCAAGUUAGUUAAAACAUGUUUUCCUCCUCUCUGCGUCUGCUGUGGAGUCACAGCAAAUUGAUGCUUGGAGUUGUGAUCUGUUCUCAUUCUGAAGCGUGCUGAAGAUGGAGAAGGAGGCCACAGACAUACAGUAAUGCACAGCAGCCUUCCACGGAUACAAACAAGUCUUACAUCUCCAAAACACCUGAUGGAGAAGAUGAAGAGAGAGCAGAGAGCUGAAGUUCUUCCUGCUGGUGCAACAGCAAAAUUACAUGACAAAUGUAAAUAGAAGAACUAGAGUAAUUAAAAAGGUGGUCUUCAA